AUGUCUUCGGAGGAUUUAAGUAGUCGUAUAAGGGAUCAUAAUAAUUAUGAUGAUGAUGACGAUGAUGAAGAUUUAGGUAUACAAUUAAAAGGGUUAAAAAUUACUAAACGUAAUAAUCCAGAUCCUGUACCGUAUUCACAUCAGGAUACCAAUUCAAACAUAAAUGAACAUUCGUCAAUAUCACAACAUUCAAAUGAUGAAGAAUUUGAUCUCGGCGGCAGUUAUGCGACGCCUGUACCUAAUGGAAAUCCAUUUAGAGAUAGUAAUGAAAUAAAAUCAUCUGGUAUAAAUACGAUGAUCACUAAUAAUACUACAGAUGUAUUGAAUGGCACGAUACCGAAAAGGUUGGGUGGAGAACCUGAUAUAAUAUUACAUGAUCAAGAAAACAAUAAUGCAUAUGGUUCAUCAGAUGAUGAUGUAUUGGAGAUACGAUAUAAUUCAGAUACUGAACAGGACCUUGAAUAUGGAUAUGAUCCAACUAUAGUGCAAAAAGAAGAGUUAGAAGCACACUCGGCAGAGGGUAAAGUAAAUAAUAGUGAUAGUGAUAGUGAUAGUGAUAGUGAUAGUGAUUGGGAUACUGUUCCGGCUGUUGCAUCCUAUGAUAUUUAUAAUGACAAAGGGGAAUUACAACUAAAACCAUAUGAUGAAGAAGAAGAAAGAAAACUUCAAUCACGGGAUAUAACGUCAGCGGGACAAGCUAAUAAUAAACAACUUUCUGAUUCUAAUAUCAGUACACCGACCAAUACAAAUACGUUCCAAUAUACCAAAGUAGCAGUAGAAGCACAAGCUCAGCGGUCAUAUAGAACAAAUAAAAAGACAGAUUUUUUAUUUGAGCAUAAGAAAUUAAUAAAGAUGAAAAAUGGGAACAAAAAUAUGUCUUCAAAUUCAAUUAAUGCAUCGACGGAUUCCUUAACAAGAAACCAAUCCACUUCAUCGGGAGUAUAUGGCAGUAAUAAUAAUAGUAAAAGCGAAGCUGCUAUCGACGAGGAUGAAGAUGAAUAUUACGAUGAAUAUGAAGAGGAAAUUGAACCAACAGAUGAUCUCAACAGAGAGUCACAACUGAGUAUAACGAGAUUAUUAUUGAAUGACGUUGAAAAGUUCGCUUACCUUGGUGCCGUGAAUGUAAUUGCCAAUCAGAUGUGUACCGAAUUAGCCACGUUGUGUCUUUGUAUAGAGAUCAAAUCACAUAAGAAAUUAGCUCAUAAAUUACAAUUUACGCAGAAGGAUAUGGCUGCUUGGAAAACUGCAACAUUGACAAGACUAUAUAAUCAUCUAGAUGUCUCGGAAGAAGAAAUUGAUAUGAUUGAGAAAUUAUCACUGCAUAAGAUUCAGGUUAGCGAUUUAUUAAAAUGUUUAAAAACUACGCAAGAUAUGGAUAAUCCAUGGGAAAACCAAGAAGAUCAAAAGGAGAAAUAUGAGGAGACAACUGGAGUACAAAGUGAUGAUAUGGUUAAAACUGACAAAAAAGAUAAAGAUUCAGUAAAUAUUGACAUGACUUCAUUAGCAACAGAAGAAACCGACGGUGAUAUUCUAAACGACACCAAACAAAAUGGUAUUAUAGUUACUUCUGAACCUACACAAGUCAUAAAUCCAGAUGCUGUUAAAGGUAAAAACAAAUUAAAUGUUGAUGUGGCAUGGACAGUCAUUUGUGACCUAUUUUUGGUACUUUUACAAAAUUCAUCCUAUGAUGCAAGAUCUAGAACUUUAUUAAUACGCUUUGCUGAAGCUUUAAAUAUAUCAAAUUUGGAAAUUUGUGAAUUUGAGAAAAGGGUAACAGAUUCUUUAGAUAUGGAACAAGCCACAGAAGAUCAAGUCUGGAACGAAGAAAAGUUGAUGAAGGAUCGUAGAAAGAAAAAGAGAAGAAAGAAGAUGGCCUACGUGGGGCUUGCGAUGGUCGGUGGUUCAUUGGUUCUAGGUUUAAGUGGUGGUCUCUUAGCACCAGUUAUUGGUGCCGGUUUGGCUGCAGGUUUAACAACUGUGGGUAUUACAGGUGCUACAGGGUUUUUGACAGGUGUAGGUGGUACAACUGUCGUGGCAGUCUCCAGUACAGCUAUUGGCGCUAAUAUUGGUGCAAGGGGUAUGAAUAAGAGAAUGGGUAGUGUUCGUACAUUUGAAUUCAAGCCACUGCAUAAUAAUCGUCGUGUAAACUUAAUACUUAGUGUAUCUGGUUGGAUAAUGGGUAAUCAGGAUGAUGUGAGAUUACCGUUUUCUACCGUUGAUCCUGUAGAAGGUGAUUUAUAUUCUUUGUAUUGGGAACCUGAAAUGUUGGCCUCCAUGGGUCAAACUAUCGGGAUUGUUGCCAGUGAAGUUUUCACUCAAACUCUUCAACAAGUUCUAGGUGCCACGAUUCUGGCAGGUUUGAUGACAGCUAUCCAAUGGCCAAUGGCAUUAUCUAAGCUUGGUUACAUUAUUGAUAACCCGUGGAAUGUUUCACUUGACAGAGCUUGGAAUGCUGGUUUAAUUUUGGCAGAUACAUUGAUAUCAAGAAACCUUGGGGAGAGACCUGUUACAUUAGUUGGUUUCUCAUUGGGUGCAGCCGUUAUACAUUCUUGUUUAGUUGAACUCUGUAAGAAGAAGGCUUUAGGUUUAGUAGAAAACGUGUAUUUGUUUGGUACACCGGUUGUUAGGAAAAGGGAAGAGUUGGUUAUGGCUAGAUCUGUAGUUAGUGGUAGGUUUGUCAGUGCAUAUUCCAGUAAAGAUUGGGUUUUAGCAUAUUUGUUUCGUGCUACAGCUGGUGGUUUUAUGGCCAUUAUGGGUAUUUCACCAGUCGAAGAUGUUGAGGGAAUCGAAAAUUUUGACUGUACCGAACUUGUUGAUGGUCAUAUGGCUUAUCGUCAAAAUAUGCCAAAAUUAUUGAAGAAGUUAGGGAUAGCGGUUUUAAGUGACGAGUUCGUAGAAAUAGAAGAAGCAAUGGACCCUGAGGAAGCAAGAAGACAUAGGAAGUUGGUUAGAGACGUCGACGCAGCCCAAAAGAAAUUGUCAUCAAAGAAGAAACAUAGCAGUUGGAUGCCAAGUUGGAUUAAACCAAAGAAAUCGAAAUGGCGUGUAAUGAUGGAAGAAGUCGUUGAGGAUAAGGAUAUAAAGGAAGAAGAUAUGGAAAAUCCACCUACCCCUCCAAGUAUUAUACCUAAGAAGAAAGAUGCCGCUAUUGUUGACCAUGGUGCGUUAAUGUAUGAAUUACAACUGUUAAAAGCAGCCAUGAGAAAGAAGGAGGAAGAAAGUAAUACAAGUGAAAGUGCUAGAGAAUCUGAAAGUCCUGGGAUAGGUAAUUCACAAUCCAUGCCCCAAACACCUAUAAACAAAUCUACAAAUAAUUUCCAGCUUUUAAGCGCUGGUAGGACUGUUCUUCCGGAAGAUGAUCAAGAUGACUACGUGAAUAAGAAAGGUAUGACUUUCGAAUUUCCUGAUGACGUAUAA